UUAUAAAAGAGGGCGGCAAUCUGGUCCCGCGCCCGGCGCGCGCACUCCCGACUCUUUCCUCAUGGGGCGCGCUACCUCCACUCGAUAGUACCUACAAAACAAAAAAUACAUUUUUAUGUAUCUGACAUACCAGUGAAGGGACCAAGUGAUAAGUGAUACGAACUGACGGCAACGUAGUAAUUCCACCAUGGAGGACGCUCACUCGAAAUCCGUGGAAGAAGUCUUAGGGUACUUCGGUACAGACCCAGACAAAGGCCUUAGUGCAGACCAAGUGAAAAGGAACCAAGAUAAAUAUGGGCCAAAUGAACUGCCUGCGGAGGAGGGCAAAAGUAUAUGGCAGUUAGUCCUGGAACAAUUCGAUGACCUCUUAGUAAAGAUUUUGCUGUUAGCCGCUAUUAUUUCAUUCGUUUUAGCUUUAUUUGAAGAACACGAAGACGCAUUCUCCGCCUUCGUAGAGCCUUUUGUUAUUUUACUUAUUCUUAUUGCUAACGCUGUAGUAGGAGUAUGGCAAGAAAGAAAUGCCGAAUCCGCCAUCGAAGCUUUAAAAGAAUACGAACCCGAAAUGGGUAAAGUAAUCAGAGGAGACAAAUCCGGUGUACAGAAAAUCCGAGCCAAAGAAAUCGUACCCGGUGAUGUCGUUGAGGUGUCAGUCGGUGACAAAAUCCCCGCUGACAUCCGUCUUAUUAAGAUUUACUCCACCACCAUCCGUAUUGAUCAGUCCAUCUUGACCGGAGAGUCCGUCUCCGUCAUCAAGCACACAGACCCCAUUCCCGACCCCCGCGCCGUCAACCAGGACAAAAAGAACAUUCUCUUCUCCGGUACCAAUGUCGCCGCCGGCAAGGCCCGUGGUAUUGUCAUCGGAACUGGUCUCAACACUGCCAUUGGUAAAAUCCGUACUGAAAUGUCCGAGACUGAGGAGAUCAAGACACCUCUGCAGCAAAAACUGGACGAAUUCGGUGAGCAGUUGUCUAAGGUCAUCUCAGUUAUUUGCGUUGCCGUAUGGGCCAUCAACAUCGGACACUUCAACGACCCCGCCCACGGUGGAAGCUGGAUCAAGGGUGCUGUCUACUACUUCAAAAUCGCUGUCGCCCUGGCUGUCGCUGCCAUCCCCGAAGGUCUCCCCGCUGUCAUCACCACUUGUCUCGCUCUCGGUACCAGGCGUAUGGCUAAGAAGAACGCUAUCGUGAGGUCGCUGCCCUCUGUAGAGACCCUCGGUUGCACUUCUGUCAUCUGCUCCGACAAGACCGGUACUCUGACCACCAACCAGAUGUCUGUAUCCCGUAUGUUCAUCUUUGAGAAGAUCGAAGGUGGCGACAGCAGCUUCCUUGAAUUCGAAAUUACUGGCUCCACCUACGAACCCAUUGGUGAUGUUUACCUGAAGGGACAGAAGAUCAAGGCUGCUGAAUUCGAUGCUCUGCACGAACUUGGUACCAUUUGCGUUAUGUGCAAUGACUCCGCUAUUGAUUUCAACGAAUUCAAACAGGCUUUCGAAAAGGUCGGUGAGGCCACUGAAACCGCUCUUAUCGUACUCGCUGAGAAAAUGAACCCCUUCAACGUUCCCAAGACUGGACUUGACCGUCGUUCCUGCGCCAUUGUUGUCCGCCAAGAGAUUGAAACCAAAUGGAAGAAAGAGUUCACUCUUGAGUUCUCCCGUGACAGGAAAUCCAUGUCCACCUACUGCACACCCCUUAAGCCUUCUCGUCUUGGCAAUGGACCCAAACUGUUCGUCAAGGGUGCACCUGAAGGUGUGCUUGAACGUUGCACACACGCUCGUGUCGGAACUGCCAAGGUUCCUCUGAACUCGACCCUCAAGAACCGCAUCCUGGACCUCACCCGCCAAUACGGUACCGGUCGUGACACCCUUCGUUGCUUGGCCCUCGCUACCGCUGACUCCCCACUCAAGCCUGACGAAAUGGACCUCGGAGACUCGACCAAGUUCUACACCUAUGAAGUCAACCUUACAUUCGUCGGCGUCGUCGGCAUGUUGGACCCUCCCCGUAAAGAAGUAUUCGACUCCAUUGUCCGUUGCCGCGCUGCUGGUAUUCGUGUAAUUGUCAUCACUGGUGACAACAAGGCCACCGCUGAAGCUAUCUGCAGGCGUAUUGGCGUGUUCACUGAAGAGGAAGACACCACCGGCAAAUCCUUCUCUGGUCGCGAGUUCGACGACCUGCCCGUAUCUGAACAACGCGCUGCUUGCGCCAAGGCCCGCCUGUUCUCCCGUGUGGAGCCCGCCCACAAGUCCAAGAUCGUUGAGUUCCUGCAGAGCAUGAACGAAAUCUCCGCUAUGACUGGUGAUGGUGUGAAUGACGCCCCCGCUCUGAAGAAGGCCGAAAUCGGUAUUGCUAUGGGCUCUGGUACCGCUGUCGCUAAGUCUGCCGCCGAAAUGGUGUUGGCUGACGACAACUUCUCUUCCAUUGUCGCCGCUGUUGAGGAAGGUCGUGCCAUCUACAACAACAUGAAGCAGUUCAUCCGUUAUCUGAUCUCGUCCAACAUUGGUGAAGUCGUGUCCAUCUUCUUGACCGCCGCUCUUGGUCUCCCCGAAGCUCUGAUCCCCGUGCAACUGUUGUGGGUCAACUUGGUGACUGACGGUCUGCCCGCCACCGCUCUCGGCUUCAACCCCCCUGAUCUCGACAUCAUGGACAAGCCCCCACGUAAGGCUGAUGAGGGUCUGAUCUCUGGAUGGCUGUUCUUCAGGUACAUGGCUAUCGGUGGUUACGUCGGUGCCGCUACCGUCGGAGCCGCGUCUUGGUGGUUCAUGUACUCGCCUUAUGGACCCCAGAUGACUUACUGGCAGCUCACCCACCACUUACAGUGCCUCAGCGGAGGUGAUGAAUUCAAGGGCAUCGACUGCAAGAUCUUCACUGACCCUCACCCUAUGACAAUGGCCCUGUCUGUAUUAGUAACAAUUGAAAUGUUGAACGCCAUGAACAGUUUGUCUGAGAACCAGUCGCUGGUGACCAUGCCCCCAUGGUCCAACAUGUGGCUCGUCGGCUCCAUGGCUCUCUCCUUCACUCUUCACUUCGUCAUCCUAUACGUUGAGGUCCUGUCGGCCGUGUUCCAAGUGACGCCGCUGUCCGUCGACGAAUGGGUGACGGUGAUGAAGUUCUCGAUACCCGUGGUGUUGCUGGACGAGGUGCUGAAGUUCGUCGCGCGCAAGAUCUCGGACGGUGAGAAGCGUUCGCAGCUGAUGCACUGGCUCGACGGCAUGCAAUGGAUUGUGCUCAUGUGGGCCGUGUUCUUUGGCCUCAUCAUCUACGGCCCCCUAUAAACCGGCCCGCCCCCGUGUGCCGUGCCACCACCCCGUUUGAUUCACAUCUAAUACCCUCAACCGAUUUCUGCGCCACCCACCUCUUCUAUUCAUGUUGCAGUUUCAAUUUUAUUUUCUCGUGUGUGAAUUGAUAAGUUAUCGAAUGUGGGUAGCGCACGGAAUUCAACUGUGGAAACCGAUAGACUAUGAGCUGCGCUCACCACAGUAUCAGUCAUCUAACAGUUUGGAAUGCUAAUUCUGGCGCACCUGGUGUGUGAAGUGAUGCCCCUAGUGUCCUAGUGCCCUAGUGCCCUAGUGCCCUGAGCCUAGAGCCGGCGUCUAGUGCCGCGGUGACGGACAGCGGACUCGUAGUGACGAACAAUGAGUGUAAGCCGCGCCCGGCGGCCUGUGUUGUAGUUGUCUGUACUGCUUAGGAGUAGAUCUAACGGAGCCGCUCGCUCUAGUGAUUAUGCAUUUUGUAUGUGCGAGACAAUAAAUUAUUUGGAGCUCAUUUUUUACAAAUUCGUGAGUUCUUCUAAUGUUUUCUUCCUUUUACUGAGUACAUAUACAUAAUAUUAUACACUUAUUUGAUGUGAAGUGGCUGUGAAGACCUUCAUUAUAAAUGCUAACUAAUGAAACACCAAAAAUUGGUUUUAUUGAAAGGUAUUUAUAAGUUAGAUUAAUUGCAUUUGAUACAUUUUGUAUACAGUAGCAUGGGAAGCUCCGCAUUCAAAUAUAUAUUAUAAUGAACUCGCACAUAGCUCAGUACCUUGUCCGUAUGGACAGCAGACAUGUUAUAAAACAUACUAUUAAUUGAUAGUAAUGUGCAUUGUUAGCCUAGUGUAAUUUAUCGUAAGUGUAUUAUUAGGGACGUGGUUACAAUAUUAUUCUCUCUGCAUAGGUAGUACUGUUAUCAAAAGAAUGUCUUUCUCCUCUGUCCUUUCACUGUGGUCGCUUCUUAACAUUCCUAUAUGCAUUUCUUUUUUAUCUUUGAUCAAACCUUUUUGGUAUUGAGAAGCGCUCUUAUUAAUCUAAGCUAAUAUUAACAAAUGAAUGUGUCCCUAGGCUGAACUAACCUCAUGCCUUAAUGUGAACGCGGGCGCAUUGCAUGAAAACCGCAAUAAUAUUUCAUUUAAUCAUGCGGCCGAGUUGCAGGCAUUGUUGCUGUAAAAUAACUUUUCAACAGUUGUGUCCUGAGGGUAGACUGUGCAAUCGUUUUAACAGCAACAAUGUCGUCAACUUUGCAAGCAACAACAUAUUAUUGCCGGCUUAUAUGCAGUCCGCCUGUGUACACCCUUCGUAGGUCAAGUAACCCGUCACAAACAGUUACUUCUCCUACCAAUGACCUUCAUACAUCGAAACGAUAUCAUGUCAAGCCUUGUUUCAAUAUAAUUAUUACAUAACAUUAACGAAUUUGUGUACCAUGUAAAAUGUCUAUUUAUUACGUUAUUUACCACAAAAUAAUUUAUUGAAAUAAAGCAAUAUAGUCUAUGUAUGUACGAACUCAAAUCCGUUUAAAGAUCCUAUGUACGAUAUAUAGUACUUCUAUUUAUCUAUAUUUACUAAUUGAUGUAUUUUUUGUUUUGUCUCCUGUUCUUAAAAAUAACCUUUUAUAUCAAAUAUUUUACCAUCGAGACAUAAUAUUACUUUUAAGUUUAUACAUCCCAAUUCAAAAUUUGUUCAGACCUGAGGUUAAAGGUUAGUACGUACAUAUGUUUUUUUUUAUUAUUAUAUAUAAUGAAGAGUAAUAAAAUUUGCAUGUAAACAUUGCAUGGUUUAUGACUUUCAAGAGUGCAGUUUUUUUAUGAUGCAUUAACAAUUAUAUUUUUAGUACUGUUCUUAAAUUAUUUAUGUGCAUACCCAAAUCUAUAAACAAGACUCGAUUGAAAGGACUACAACCGUUAGAAGUUUAUAUUUAUUUUGUGUUUUUUCUACAUCUAUGAUGAACACAUAUUUUACAAAUAAUAAUAUAUGUAUAAACAAACACAGAACACUCUUCAUUGAAUGAUGUGCCUACAUAAUAAUUAUUGAGUUACCUUGAAAACUAUCUAUUGCCCACAUGCCCACAGUGAGUAGUGGUGUACCAAACGUUGAUCCCAUAUAUUCUACACUGCACAAUAAAGGGCAUGCUCAAAAACCUUCGUUGUGAAUGUCCCCCAACCUCCUGGAACUUGUUUCGUUUAUCAGAUUAACUUAUUGAAAUGUACAGUCGUUUAUACAUUUUACAUAUUAAAAUAGUCAACAAUA